AUGAAUAAAACAUUAAAAUUAUUAUCAACAUCAAAACAAGUUAGAAAUAUAUAUACAACAACAACAUUUUUAACUAGACAACCACAACAAAGAUCAAUACAAUUUUUAAACUCAAGAUCAUUUCAUUCAUCAAAUCCAACAUUUAUAUUUGAAAAUGUUUUGGGUAAAAUUAAAAAUGUUUUUUCUAGUGAUAAAGAUAAAACUAAAGAAUACCCAACAAAUGAAAAGGAUUUAGAGGAUAAAGCAAAUACAAAUUUAAAAACACAAUCACAAUCACAACCAAAAGCUAUUGAAAAAACCAAAGAACAAAGAGAUCAUGAGAAUGAAGAAUACCAAAAGUUAUUGAUGAGUGGAAAAAGAUAUGAUUUCAAUAUCUUUAAAGAUUAUAUAAUACAAUAUCAAUUACAAAUUAAAGAUCAAGCAAAAAUUGAUGAAAUUAAUAAUUUCAUUAAAAUAAUUGAUAAAAUGACACCAGCUGAAAGAGAAAAUCCACUCAUUUUCCGUAAAAAUGCUUUUAAAAUUAGAGCUAGAUUAAUUAAAGAUUCUGGCACAGAUAUGAUUAUUUUUUCAACAUUUAAUGAUACAUUUACUCAAGCAAAACAAUUACAUGAUGUUUUGGGUAGUUUUAAAAGAAAAGGUAUGGAAAUACCAAAUACAGCUGGUGAAAUACCAUCUUUCUUAAAGAAAAAUGCUGAAAUAAUUAGAGUUGAAGUUGCCAAACUUACACAAGAAGAAAAUAGAAAAUAUUUAUAA